AUGACAGCCAUGGAGUUGAAAGAAAUCGACGUUGUGACAUUGGCUAAGGCCAACCCUUUCGUGCAGCUAGUACAGAAGCAAAAGAUAGUGGAGGUCCCAGAGCUGACACUAGAGUCGGGUAUUACAAUUUCUAAAUUUCCUGUUGCGUACAAGACGUGGGGGAAGCUCAAUGAUGCGGGAGACAAUGUGCUGGUCAUCUGCCAUGCAUUGACAGGAUCAGCGGACGUGGCCGAUUGGUGGGGGCCUUUGCUGGGACGAGGUCUCGCAUUCGACACUUCGAGAUUCUUGGUGGUGUGCCUGAACGCACUGGGGUCCCCUUAUGGGUCGUUUUCGCCGCUCACGGUGAACUCCGAGACGGGCGCUCGAUACGGUCCGGAGUUUCCGCUAUGUACAGUACGUGACGAUGUGCGCGCGCAUAAACUUGUGCUAGAAUCGCUUGGCGUGCGGCAAAUUGCGUGCGUGGUAGGAGGCUCAAUGGGUGGCAUGGUGGUGUUGGAAUGGGCGGCACUUUUCAAGGAUUAUGUACAGAAUGUUGUUGCGCUAGCAACCAGUGCGCGUAACUCUGCGUGGUGCAUCUCGUGGUCGGAAGCUCAACGGCAAAGCAUUUAUUCUGACCCCAAGUAUCUUGAUGGUUAUUACCCGUUGGAGGAUCCGCCAGUGGUGGGGUUAUCUGCAGCGCGUAUGUCUGCGUUGCUGACGUAUCGCUCAAGGGACAGUUUUGAAACAAAGUUUGCCCGCAAAGUGCCAUCUACUCAGCAGCAGCGUAUGUCUAAACGCGAACCGUUGAAACCUUCCCCAAUAAAGGAGCAUAAUCGCGCGAUCCAUAAUGACGGGUUGACGUCAAAUUCAAGCACUCGGCAUGUUGGUAAUUGCAGCAUCUCAAGCUCGGACUCUGUUGAGGAGAUACAUUCCUCUUCUUCCGCCACUUCGCUUGCCUCUGUUUCUUCUGCGAACGGCAACCAACCAUUAAAACCACCACAGACGUACUUUUCUGCGCAAAGCUACCUUCGCUACCAGGGUAACAAGUUUGUUAAACGUUUUGACGCGAAUUGUUACAUCUCCAUCACACGCAAGCUUGAUACCCACGAUUUAGGCCGGGAUCGUCCAGAAUAUAGUAACAAUGCCUGCAAUGUGCUGAACGAUAUGUCCCAGCCUGCGCUAGUUAUUGGAAUUAAUUCGGACGGUCUAUUCACGUACUCUGAACAGGAGUUUCUUGCUACACAUAUGCCUAAUGCUCGUUUAGAACGUAUUGAUUCUCCAGAUGGCCAUGAUGCUUUUCUCCUUGAGUUCAAACUAAUCAACGAUCUCAUCAUAGGCUUUUUCAAGGAAAACUUGAGGGAGAUAAUGACGGGCCUUUCUACUGGAUGGGAAGGACACGACGAAGCUCCGGUCAAAGACUCAGUGUUCGGCGAAGCAGAGGAGAUCACGAACUGGUAA